AAUAACUGCACGUGACGUGGACAGUUUACCGUGUCCGGAAGUGUCGUGGCAACACGGGCAGCUUGGGUGUUUGAUUUUCUUUAUCCUGUCAUUGCGGAUUUUCUCAGUUAUUGCGGCCACUUCAGACUCAUAACUUUUCAUUAUCUUUUUCUGACCGCGAGUCCACAUGCGCCUGGGUCACGUGAACCGUACACCGAGGACGUGACGCCACUGGAAACUUUGGGGGAAAAGUGGCUAGCUAGCCGGCUAAUACGCUAACAAGGCUACCAGCUGAUUGUAGUUUACACAUCAGACACUGACGGGAGGAUGAAUAGGACGCAGAAGAAGCCCGUUUAUUUUCUCCGGCAGUGAACAGACAGUAGUUUAAGCUGACUCUCCCGCCAGCAGCGAUGUAAACGAUGCACAAGUAACAGAUGUAACUGUCGGUGGAGUGGAGCUGGUGGUUUGGGGAGCUUGAAAAUGGAAGAAAAAUACAGCAGCAACGUGCUCUCAGGGGGUCAGCUGGGGAUGGUCGAAGUGCCCGAUUCCAGGUUAACCAGGUACAUUGUUCUGCUGGUCAUCUCGAAGGUCCUCAAAGCUCUUGGGAUCUUUGAGUCAUACGAUAUCCUCAAAGUGGUUCACAUAGUUCAGUUCAUCUUCAUACUGAAAUUAGGGAGUGCAGUGUUUCUGCUUUUUUUCCAAAAACCUUUUUCAUCUGGAAAAGUCAUCUCAAAAAGACAGUGGAUAAAGUUGUUAAAGCAUGCUGUUUUCAGCUGUGUCAUAUCCCUCCUGGGCUUCUUCGGCCUAACUCUUUGUGGACCUCUUAGAACGUUGUUGCUGUUUGAGCACAGUGACGUGGUGGUCAUUGCUCUUCUUGGUGUCCUCUUCACAAACUCAGGAGGAGGGCCAUCAAAGACUAGAGGUGCUGCUUUCUUCAUCAUCGCUGUGAUCUGCCUGCUCCUCUUUGACAACGAUGAUCUCAUGGCAAAGAUGGCCGAGCACCCUGAGGGACACCAUGACAGCGCUCUCACCCACUUCCUGUACACUGUGAUUUCAUUUUUAGGGGUAGCAGAUCACAAAGGUGGUGUUGUGCUGCUGGUGGCCUCCCUGUGUCUGAAGGUCGGCUUCCACACGGUCUCCAGGAAGUUGUCGGUGGAGAUUGGCGGUGCCAAACGUCUCUAUGCCCUCGACAACCUGGUUUCUGCCUUGGUGCUGCUGCCCUGGGUUAUAGUACUCUCUGCGACCACAGAAAGCAAAGUGGAGUCGUGGUCCUCUCUCGUCCUGCCUUUCGGGAUGAUCAUCUUCUCCGUCAUGAUCCUGGAGUUUUACGUUGAGGCCAUCUGCAGCGCCAAGAUGGAGAUGCCGAGGUGCGCCCGUUAUGGCGCCUUGGCCCUCUUCUUCAGCGCAUUGCUGCUGGCCAACUUCUGGACUCACCCGCUGACUGACCAGCUGCGCUCCAUGAGCAAACCAGCGCACUACGGCAGCACAGAGCACGUGCUUUCCGGUGGAGUGCUGGUUAGCGCCAUCUUCUUCAUUAUGUCGUCCAAUAUUCUCUCAUCUCCUUCAAAGAAAGGUCAGAAGGGCACCUUGGUGGGUUACUCCCCUGAAGGGACACCUCUCUACAAUUUCAUGGGUGACGCCCUGCAGCACACAUCCCAGUCCCUUCCACGAUUCAUCAAAGACUCCCUGAAACAGAUCCUGGAGGAGUAUGACUCCAGACAGAUCUUCUACUUCCUGUGUCUCAACCUGGCUUUCACCUUUGUGGAACUGUUUUAUGGCGUUUGGACCAACAGCCUGGGACUCAUCUCUGAUGGUUUCCACAUGCUGUUCGACUGCUCUGCUUUAGUUCUGGGCCUGUUUGCUGCCCUCAUGACCCGCUGGAAAGCCACCAGGAUCUUCUCCUACGGGUACGGUCGUGUUGAAAUUCUUUCCGGAUUCAUCAACGGCUUGUUCCUGAUGGUCAUUGCUUUCUUUGUCUUUGUGGAGUCGGUCACCCGUUUGUUGGAUCCUCCCAACAUAAACACAGACAUGCUGACGCCCGUGUCUGUUGGAGGCUUACUCGUCAACCUGGUGGGCAUCUGCGCUUUCAGUCACGCUCAUUCCCAUGGCGGCAAAAGCUGCUCAUCACAUGACCACGGGCACUCACAUCAUGGCCACUCCCACAGUGAGCACAGCCACGGUGGUCACGGGCACUCGCACGGAGGCCACGGGCACUCACACGGAGGUCACGGGCACUCACACGGAGGCCACGGGCAUGGCGGCCACGGGCACUCCCACGGCUCUGGAGGCAUGAAUGCCAACAUGAGAGGUGUCUUUCUCCAUGUCUUGGCCGACACUUUGGGCAGCGUUGGCGUGAUCAUCUCCACCAUCCUCAUCCGGCAGUUCGGCUGGUUGAUCGCUGACCCCAUAUGCUCGCUCUUCAUUGCCACUCUCAUUUUCCUCAGUGUCAUCCCUCUGCUGAAGGACUCCUGCGAGGUUCUGCUUCUGCGAACUCCCCCAGAGCACGAGAAGGACCUGAACAAUGCGCUGGAAAAGAUUGAGAAAAUUGAAGGAGUUUUAUCGUACAGAGACCCUCAUUUCUGGAGGCAUUCAGCCAACAUGAUCGCCGGGACCAUCCACCUCCAGGUCAUGUCUGACGUGGUGGAGCAGAGGAUCAUUCAGCAGGUGACCGCCAUUUUGAAAGAAGCCGGCGUGAACAAUUUGUCGGUGCAGGUGGAGAAGGAGGCGUACUUCCAGCACAUGUCAGGACUCAGCACCGGGUUUCACGAAGUUCUGGCGAUGACGCAGCAGAUGGAGUCCAUGAAGUACCUGAACGACGGGACGUGCAUCAUGUAGACCAAAAGAAACGCUUACAAGUCCGUUUUCAUUGAUAUGUACAGUGUACGUAUGUGGUUUAAAUAAAUCUGAAUAUAUUGGUUUUA